AAUACAUACUUCCUGUUUUACUCGCGCCAAAAUUUAAAUAUAUCGGUAUUUUCCACGGACGUCGCCUUUGGUUCUUAAACAAACUGAUGGCAACUGUUCCAAAUUCACAAGGGAUCAGUGCAGCGCUACAAAACUUUGAUACAACAAUCGGUAAUUCCACACUUUCCAUGUGGUUGUUGUUACGUUGUACAUGCAGCUUGACUUUCGCACCCUUUUGUUGAGACAAAAGAUAAAAAAGAACUACGUCAAGAGAACUGUUAAUUUGAGAUUCAGAUCCAUUAAUGAACAUUUUUGGCUCUGGGAGGCUCAGCAUAAAUUCACAAGAAAGCGUAAGUGCAGAGAAAACCUGUACUAAAACGACAGGACCGUUUGGAAUGCAUAGUAAGCAGCACAGGAAGUCCCGUAAUGUGAAAUCCAAGUAUGGUAUGGGCCGGAACAAUGGGUUGUACAGCGAGCCUGCUGGAGGGCAGAAUGAUGGAGAGAAAGCAGGGGAAGGCAGUCAGGAUCUCUUCAGUAGCCAGUCCUCCUGUCAACGUUCCCUGCUCAACAAUCAGAUAGACAUCACCCUACAGUUGACAGAAUACAUGUGGGUGCAAUGCGACAACCCAGACUGUCAGAAAUGGCGGCGUAUCCAGGCAACCGCCAGUGGCGACCUUGGUAACACUGCUUGGUACUGCCAUAUGAACCCAGACCGUCACUUUGACAGUUGUGCGGCGCGGGAGGAAGAUCAUGCCUUGUAUGACAGAAUGGCCAAGAAAGCGGGCAUCAAGUAUGUGAUGUCCGCGCUCAGUGAGGGGUCAUUGGUUUGGGCAAAGAUGUCUGGGUACUGCAAAUGGCCGGCUAUCAUCACACCUGACCCGGCAUGCAGAUUGCACAUGUUCGCAGACCUGGACGGGGAUCCCCUCAGUUACCAUGUAGAGUUCCUGGGCAACCCUCACUCCCACUCCUGGGUUGCUGCCAAGUUUGUCUCUGUGUACGGACAUAAGGCUCUUUCAGAGAUUGACGACUCACAGUCACAGAACAGGGACUCUGAUGUCGCCAAACUUAAGCGUGGAUGUCGCAGGGGUCAAGGCAGGUCAAGGUCAGUGCUCAAAGGCCGUCAGCGCAAGUCGUACCUCCGCAUCCACAUAGAGGACGUGAUAGAGGAGGCUGACUUCCUGCUGGGGCUGGCUCCAGAGGAGAGGCUCCCAUACUGCACCUUCACUCCUUCCAAACAGGACAAACACAUUGUUUUGAGCAAGGCCAAGCAGCCAAAAUCAUGUGACCAGUGUGGGCAACACACAGCCAAGAAACGGAAAAGGGAAGAUAGUAAAACUCAGAAGCAUCAAAAUUUUCACCAUAAAAAAUCCACUGUCAUAACUAUGCGCCAAAGAUUGUCAUCACCUGUGCUCUUUCCACCAAAGGCACACGAGCCAGGAAAGAAGCCCAGAGGCAAGGAGAAUAGACCCACCAUCUGUGACUACAGCUCAGAAGUGUCUGAGGUGUCUCAGGACGAAGGAAUAUCUGUGCCCACCUUCAAGACAGAGGGUUCUCAGCUGGGCUUUGAUUCCCCCGAGCAGUUCUCUCAGUCCAAACUGCGCAUCACAAACACUCUUGUGGGCAAGACCAAGGAAGAGAAGUACAGCAUGGACCUUGAUAUGUACAAAAAGAACGAGAGGGCAUUUGAGCAUGAUGUGUACAGGUUCAUGUUACGCCAUGGCAGGAAGAUACGCAGCAUUCCUAUCUGGCACAACGUACCUGUGAGACUCUUCCAAGUGUUUCUAGCAGUGCAUGAGCGUGGAGGGUUUGAUCAGGUAACCAGGAAGAAGCAGUGGAAUGCUAUCUUCAAGGAGCUCACAGAGCAGCACAAUGUCACCAGUGGAGUGCAAGCCAAGAAAUUCUACUUGAGGAAUCUGUACCCAUAUGAGCUGUACAUGAGUGGAAAAGACUUCAAAAGCUGCUUCAGCAACAUCUCAUCUUCCUCAACAUCAGGAUCUGGAACCAGGACGGUCCGGAAGUCAGACCCUGGGGUCAGAUCAGCAGUGUCAGUGACCCCUGGGGUCAAGAGGUCAAGGUCAGUGACCACUGGGGUCAAAAGUUCAAGGUCAGGGGUGCAGUCUGAAGGGGCUGAGGCCAAGAGUGAGGUGGUGGCAUCUUGGGAAAAACCUCAAGGAGAAAGCCUGAGUCAAGACAUAGCGGACCUCCUUGGAGAACUCAAUGAUGGCAGUGAGAAGACAGACAAGUACAUGAAAAAGAGGACUGUGGAUGGACUGAGUCUGGGUUUCAAGUAUCAUGACCAGUCUACCCCGAGCGAGAGCCAUGGCUGCGUCCCCUCUGAGUUCCACCCUACAUCACUCACAGGUAUAUCUGGUUCGAGUCAGAGAGUGCCAGAUUGCAUAGGAGAGGGUGAGGGAGAGAGUAGUAGCUGUGGAGACUUGGCUGACAUUGAGAACAAGAUUCUCCAUGAGAUGAGAGCCCUGGAAGAGGAUAUGAAAAACUUCACUGGAGACUUGUAGAACACAUGAGGGCACUGGAAGAGGAUAUGAAAAACAUAACUGGAGACUUGUAAAACACAUGAGGGCACUGGAAGAGGAUAUGAAACACAUCACUGGAAACUUAUAGAACACAUGAGGGCACUGGAAUAGGAUAUAAAAAACCUCACUGGAGACUUGUUUAACAAAUGACGGCACUGGAAGAGGAUAUAAAAACCAUCACUGGAGACUUGUCGAUGACUAUACAUCAUUGACAAAAAAAGCAACCAUUGAAAGGAAGAAACGUAUAUGGGAAGAAAAAUAACACUUUUGCUGUAACUUAAACAAAUCUCCGAGCUAAAAUGCUCAAAGACUGCACACAAAAAGGGACACAGCUUUUUUUCCCCAAUUUCUAGAGCUAAUACAUGCAGUGCUUAAACUUAACACUGAAAUCUUUGGGUUAUCAAGCUAAAGAAAGUAUCAUCCAAUUACUGUGAAACCAUUUAUUUUCGACAGCACAAAAUUUCGUCAUUUUUAUAAAAAUGACGAUUUCGUCAGCACUUAAAUUCGCCGAUUUCUUAUUUUGAAUUUUAAAAAAAUGCGUCAGUCAAUAUCCGAUUUGUGUGUAAUACAUAUUCGCGAUCAAUCGCAGUUGCGAAAAAUCGUGGUACGAAUGCGAGAACACACUUGAGAAUCACUGCAGGAGGUGGGGCCUGUUUGUCACAUGCCAAUUAAGUAGUCUUUUGUUAUCAAGGGACAGUAAUGGACCCUCUUAAUGUAUGCCAUUCACACGUUCAUUGUUAUGAUUAGCGGACAAGUGGGAUCGAAUCCAAUUACUAGUAACUGCAAAUUUCAUCAUACAUUCUAAAAUGAGUUAAAAAUUGUACAUAUUUUUAUUGAAGGCCCAAUGAAAAAAAAGGCCUAAUUAUUCGAACACUUGGGCAUGUUGGCUGUGUGAUAUAUAUGUUUGGAGCAUUUUCUUUGUAAUCAAUCUGUGUUUUUUUAAGUUGCUGUAAUUUAUCAGCAUGAUGUGGAAGAGUAUUGUGCACAAAAUCUCUGGGUUCAAGGUCAAGGUAACGAUUCAAGGUCGAUUUAAGAAAAGGUCUACUCAACACUGUAUGGAGCCAAAAUUUGUCCACCAUAGAUAGAUUUUUAAUUAACUUGACCUGAAUGAGCAGCAUGAUGAGAUGGAGUUUCCUGUGCAAGAACUAGGUCAAAGUUACAAUUCAAGUCAAAUGUGAAAUUAAGGUAUUUUAAACAGUUUGGAUGGAGUUUCAUGAACUUGCCUUAUAUAGUAUCAGAAUGAUGAACUGUUGUGAGCAAGACAGUUCCUUUGUCCAUGGUCAUGGUCACUUUCAAGGUCAAAUUAAGGAAAUGUUCACUUGAUACUUCAUUACUUUGUUUAACAUGAAUGAUUUUCAAAUCACUUGGCAGAUGUGAUAAGAAUAUUGAGUUGUUGUGUUGGGCUAAAGAACAUGGGUCUAUGUCCAAGUAUUUUCAAUAUAUUUAGAAAGUCAUCUACAUGAUGAGAUGUAGUGUUGCACCCAAAAAGCUGAUUCCAAAGUCAAGGUCAAAAUUUAAUGUCAAAAAUCAACUUUAGGAAAUGAGAACUUUGUUUGGAGCGUAACUUUUUUCCAGUUUGGAUUGAUUUUGAAAAAAAGUUGCAAACAAGAUCAGCGUAAUUGUCCGGGGGAAGAACACAGUCACAAGGUCUAAGGUCAACAGCACAAUUCAAGGUCAAAGGUCAUAAUAUAACAUUUAGCAAAUAACAGAUUUUAAUUGCAGACGUUACAAGCAUAUGGAUAGUAACACAUAAAGUCCCAAGUACCAAGCCUAUGGUUGAAGAUCAGGGUCAUAAUUUAAGGUCAAGAGAAACAAAGACUUGUCAAAUCUUGACAGUAUCUUUAUGAAAUUGGCAUUCUUAUUUUCAAAUUAACUUGCAUUAAAUCUAAAUUGAAGUAAUGAUUAAUUUGAAUAAUUAUAAAUCAACAAAUAGAUCUAUAGUGACUCUAGUGCACACGUAAGUGCAAAAAACAGUUAUAUGUUGAUUGAAUUGACUUGAAUUUUUCAUUUACCGGGUAUUUUGUUUGUGCUUAUUAUGUGAUAAUAGUUAUUUGCAUCAAUUUAAUGUUUUUAAAUGUGUUGGAUAAUCUCAGCUGCUAGUCAAAUGUAAAAAAAAUAUUUCUUGCUACGUACUAUAUUUGUUUUUCCUUUACUGUUAAUCUUUUUGUUUUGUUAAUGUGUUCGAAUAAAAUCCAUCAUGUAUUAAAUUGUUUGAAGACUUAA